AUGAACUUAAUACCUAAUUGCAAUAAAGAGCGUAAAAUAUUAAUAAAUGAGAUGAAAAAAUUAAAAUAUAAUUAUAAAAAAAAAUGGAGUAUUAUCCACAUAAUAAAAGAUAUUAGAAAUGAAUUAAUUCAUAAAAAAUUAAUAGUAUUUAAUUUAUCUUAUUUUAAUAUGCUUUCUUUGAUGAUUAUCUUUUCUUUAAAAUACGUUGUAUUAGUAAAAAUAGUACUUAUUAUUCUUAGUUUUUUAUAUUUGAGAUAUUUAAUUCAUUAUCUUCUUCUGUUUUUAUAUAAUUAUAAUCUUCACAAAUUUAGUGAAGUGAUAAAACUACUAUAUAAAUAUGAAUAUACACAAAUUAUAAAUGGCAAUAGUAAAAACAUAAAUAUAAUUAUAGAUGAUUUAUACUAUAGUAUAUAUAAGAUAAUAAAGUCUAUUUUGUGUGUAUACUUUUUUUUUAUGAGAAAUGUUUUUUCCUAUUUGUUUGAAUGUAAUAAUACAGAAGAAGUAAAUAAUACCUUUUGCUCUAAAAAUUUAAAAAAAUUAUGUUAUUUAAAAGAUUUUUAUUUUCAUUUAUAUAUAGUACUUUUUGAUUUAAAAAUAAAAAAGAGCCAUUCAGAAAAGGAAGAAAAGAGAAAUCUUUAUAAAAAUAUAAGAAAUAUAUUCAAAGAAAAAUAUAAGAAUGAAUACGAAAUGAUGAAAGUAAGUGAAAACAAUCUUUUAAUAUUUUAUUUUUACCAAUCUUUUUAUGAUGCAAUAAAAUGUGUGUUUUAUUUUUCGCAUUUUCUCAUUUUCAUAACUAUAUCUAUAUUUUAUCUUUCAAAAAGUUACUUUAUUUUAUCAUCCUAUAAAAAUAUUUUAAAAAAAAAAAACAAUUUAGUGCUUAUAGAAGAUGAAAAAAUAAAUAAACAAAACAUUUUAGGAAGCAAAAAUGAAAUAGUAUUACUCUUGAUAGACUCUUUAAUUCUUUUGAAAUCUAUUCAGAAAAAUGAUGAAGACGAUGAAAAUUAUAACUUAAUAGAAAAUAAAUUAUAUAAUUCAAUAAAUUUAAUAAAAUCAAUAAAAAGUAAGAUAACAAAAAAAAUAGAAACAAAAAGUUAUCUUCUAAACAAUAAUGUGCAAAGAAAAAAUAUAGAAGAUAAUAGCAAAAAUAAUUUCAUUAAUUUCUUACCUUAUGAAGAAAAAAAUGUGUAUGAAAUCGAAAGUAAAUUAAUUGAAAACAACAUUAUUGAAAAGAAUGAAGAAGACAGAAAUUUAACUUAUGACAUUUAUUAUUAUGAUAAUAAAGAAUCUGAAAAUUAUGAAAAUAAAAAAAAUAAAAAUAAACAAAAUAAUUAUACAGUACCGAGUCAUGCUAAUAGCAGAACAGUUAAUAAAGAAGAAUUAAAUGAACUAAAUGAAUUAAAAAAAUUUAAUCCAAAUUCAUAUAUUUACAAAUAUAGAAAUAACAAAAAUGAGGCAGAAUAUAAAGAAAAAGAUUGUGUUAACUCGUACAACAAAGAUAAAUCUAAAGAACUAUGUAUUGAUAAUUUGCUAAAAGAAUUAAGAAUGAGAUUUAAAAAAAAUAGAAAUUACAAAUAUGUGAAGAAAACCUUAUGCUAUGAUUCCAACAAAAAUGAUUUCUGUAUAAAAAAACUUUCAUCAUAUGAUAUCCAAAUGUUAAAUGAAUAUGACAAGUGUACAGAAGAGACUAAGAAACAAAAGAAAAUUGUUGAGAAUUUUAACGAAAAUAAAUAUGUUCAAGAGAUAGUAUCAGAUAAAACCAUUAUGCAGAAUAAUUAUAUAAAUAAUCAAGAAUAUCAAGAAACAUGUGAAUUGGAUGACUUAAAACCAAUAGAAAAUAUUUCAUCCUUCAGAGAGAAAAUUGCUGCAUCUAUCUUACAAAGAAACCCUAUUGAGAAAUAA